AUGUUGCAUGAUAACUUAAAGCCUCGGCAUGAUCCACGAUCUCCGUUACUGCACGGUGUUAAGGAUGAAGAUUCAUUGAACAAUUUGCUUCCUCUUCAUGUUGUUGGAGUCGUGGAGAGUUGUGAUGAACACGGCUACUUGUCGCUGUCUUUGGUUAAGCCCAGAUUUGAUAUUAACGUUCUGCAAAGGUUGACGAGGGAAUAUUACACUGGAUGGACGUACGAGACUGAGGUAAGUUGGUUUUGUUAUUGUUUUGUUGGUUUAGGUUGUUCAAUACUUAUUUUCGGACUUGUCUCGCUUAUUUUUGAGACCUAUUGUUGGUUUUUAGGUUGCGGUAGGCGACUUUUACGUCCACAAAACAACACUAGACGAAUGUUUCCGAUGCCGAGUACUAGAUGUCAAGGAUAAGGUCGCUUUUGUGAGAUACCUCGACAUGGAUUACGAGCAAUAUGUGGAAGUCAAGGAUUUGUACCGUCUUGAAGACAAGUUUAUUCAGGGCGACUAUCAGUACUCUUUGGUGGUUCCAGCUUAUACCAUGAGUAAGUUUUCACCUCAAUCUAUAGUUUUUGUGAUUUGUAGCUAUUGCGAUUUUUAAAUAUAUUUUGUAUUUUAGGUAAGAAGACUGUGUCUUCUGUCAAGUGUCUUCACUCUUCAUCACUACAAGCUGGCAUGGUAGUCGAUAUUCUGGUCCUUCAUGUCAACAUCCGUUGUCUUGUAUUGGUAGCGCCACACAGAUUUGGUCAUUUUACUUUUCAAGCUCAGAUGCUCCGAUACUACAAUGCCUUGGCGGACAAAACUUGGUUGGAGUUCUUAUCUGGAAAAGAGUUUGAGACACCUUAUCAAGGAUCUUGUUACCCACAGAUGAAGCUCAAUAUUAGCGAAGGAUUUUCCUUUGGACUAGUGACAGCUGUUGAUGGACUGGAUUCUGUUUACAUUCGCGAUCUGAGUAGGUUUUACUUUUCGAAUUAACAUCAAUAUGUGGCAAGUGAAGUAAAGUUUCUUUAAAUCUUGUUUUUAUAUUAAUAUUGGCGUUUUAUUGUUUAAUUUUAACGUUUUGCUUUACAGAGUCGUGCAUCAUGGUGUACUACAUUCACAGAAGGCUACAAGAAGUGUUUGCGUGUUCUGAAAGGCGAUCCAAAUUUGAAUUGAAGAAAGAUGAAGAACUUUUUAUUGACCAACCAUCCGUAUUUCAUGAUUUUACUGCCAGUGUAAGUUACUUUUUUUUUUGUUAAUUUAGGUACACAAUAUUCGGAUUUUUUUAUUUUGCAUAUAAAGUGAAGUGUGUUUGCUUUUGAUUUAUCAGACGUCUUAACUUUGUGUUUAGAUGUACUACAGGUGCAAGCUAACUCGUGUGACUGGACAUUAUUUUGAUGCUGUGGCUAUCGACUAUCCUAACAAGAAGUUCUUCGGAGUCACAAUUGAUGACAAGGUUUUGUAUCGACUUCCAGAAGGUCUUCAUCUGCCAACUACGGUAAGUGUCUUUUUUUAUUUCUUAAAACAUUCUUAAUGUUAGGUUAGAAAAAUUAUUUUUUAAUUAUCUAAUUUAAUGCUUAAUUUAAUUACUAUACUUCAGACUUAUCCUGUGAAAUUGGUGAAUGAAGUGAAAUGUGAGGAACAACAACGUUACACUCAACUACUUCAAGGUCUGCUGGAGGAGAACACUCCCGUUACCUACUCUAUGUUUGUCAAGUCUGGGAUGGUGGACAUGAGGUUGUUGUCGAAUGCCAAUGUGCUGGACGAGAUCCGAUACCAUGACGUAAGUUGUCAGUGAACACAUUUUUAGAGGCCAUAUUUUCGAUGUUAUUUUCGACCGAAAUUUUUAUAAAUUAUGUUUGCUUGAAGGCAAUGGGUUCCCUUGGUAUAAACAUUAUUUCAGAGAUUGGCCAGAAUGGAUGGUUGGUCAUUCGGCCGAGCCUUCAACAAGUCCAGAGGUAACACUGAAAACUUCAAGUCAUCUCUGUCAGCUUGGGAAGCUAUGCAGCACACUAAUCAACAAGAACGGAGUGCAUUUUCUGAUUCCAAGAAGACCAAGAGAGUCAGUUCUAUGUUCGAGAACUCGAUGUUACCCAGGAAACCUGGCUGCAUUUUGAGGAGAAAUCCAGUGCAAGAUGCUAUGGAAGUAGAACGUAUCUUCUCCAUUGAUUACAACUGCAUCUACUACAGAACCUUUGAGCAGGAGGAAGAGUUCAAACGACUUUUGGUUGAUAUGAACAAGACUGUAAGUAUAGGGCGAAUACAGUUUUACUACCGGGUAUACUUAGUAUUAUGCUUUAAGGUAUAUUGGUUGUUAUUUUUAAAUACAAGACAUAUUUAGGUAACAUUCCCGGACAUGUACACAGGUGGCUAUACUGUGGGCAAGUGUUAUUUGAUCAGAUCUCGAGUCGACAGAAAUCUUAACGUUCACAGAGUAAAGGUCGUGGAGGUGAAUAAUGAUGAGAUCUGUUAUCAGUUUGUGGAUUCUGGAGCUACCGUGAAGCAGAGCGCUUUCGACUUGAGAAAAUGCACUCGCUCAUUGUCGGACUUUGAAAAUGCAAGUGGUUAUGACAAUAUUAUUAAGUUUAUAUGUUUAGUUCGCAUUCGAGAAGGUACCACCAUUGGUCGAAGGUCCAUUUAGGAUGGGAGGCACGGUCAUGGAUGACAAGCUGGACAAGUACAAGGUUAUGAAGAUGACCGCCGGCUUAAGAAACGUGUUGGAGCAGAUUGGCACGGCUUAUGUUAAGAAGAAGGAUGAUACCGUAUAUAUCUACAGUAGAGAUGGAGAAGAUGUCAACGAAAGCUACUUCAAGACAGUUAACAAGAUCUAG